GAACAGUGAGAGGCUCGAGGGCGAGGCGAGGGCGAGGGCGAGCGCUGCUGGCGCCCGGAGUUGUGGUUCCUGCUCGUGCUCCGAGCGCCUGUUAUGAUCUGAUCGCCAUUCUUCGGCAUUCCUUCGAGCGCACGCACGCACGCGCGCGCCUUCGUCUUGCGGUGCUUGGGCUUGUUUCCACGAGGCUCGUCCGACUUCGUCUUCCGUCGAUUGCUCGUCUGCUCGGGGUAAAACAAUUCGGACGGACUCUCUUGAAAGCUGAAGAGAGACAAGGAGGAGGAAGGAGGAAGGAGGAAGGAGGCGAUCGGCCUGCCACUUGUGGUCGCGGAAUCGGUCGUCGAAUUGAACCACAUUUCGCUGGUCCUGGUCUGGUGGUGUCAAGGUCAGCUCGCCCGGCCGAUCCGCCGCAUUCCGGAUUUUCUUUGUUGCCGGGGAGAAGAAGAAGCAGCAGCAGUAGCUGCUGCUGCCGUUGGUGUGAAUGUUGGUAAUGAGUUUGGGCGAGUGAUAUCGGUGACCACAGGUCGCUAUAAAUUGCGCGAGCCUGGAAGAAGUUUCUACGAUUAGUGGAUUAUAUCCUGGUUCCAGCCGGUCGAGGUCGAAUUUUGGUUUACUGAAUUUGAGCAUUGACGGGUCAAUUGGCCUUGGGCACGACUUUUCGAUGGUAACAGGAACCGGAUGAUUUCGGGAGUUUUUUUCCAGGGUCGGCACAAAGAUGGAUGACUGCAAUUGUUCUCCUUCGUCUUGAUCUGAUGGUGUGAGCUUCAAGUAAGAAGCAUGGAGUCGCGAAGAAGGUUUUUCCUCCGGGGUGUUGGGAGGGGUUUCAGGCAGAUUGGUUUUUCGGCAUAUCAAAACUCCUGGUACAAACGCAAUAUCAGAAUGCACUCGUAGCCUCGCUAGACCACACAUGGUAUGGGAUCCAGCUUCAAUUCGCCGUCACAUAGGAAAUACCGUCUUUUAAAAUUCCUUCAACAACUGCCAUAUGCCAUAUCUGAAUUACCAGCUUGUAGCUCAGAACUCAUUUGGUAACUGAGGACCCCCAUUUGGUCGCAAACUUGACCAACAGUCGAUACGGAGGAUUGAGGACAGCAAAUAAAGUUUCGCUCUGACGAGCAAAAUGAAGAGGUUCGUGUAUGUGAAUGACAGCGAUCUAACGCCGAGUAUCUACUGCAACAAUCGAAUUUCCAAUACGAAAUACACUCUAUUCAACUUUAUCCCAAAGAACCUAUGGGAGCAAUUCAGCCGUUUUAUGAACAAAUACUUCCUGUUGAUAGCGUGCCUACAGUUGUGGCCAUUGAUUACUCCCGUCAGCCCCGCAAGCACAUGGGGCCCCCUUAUUCUGAUCUUUGCAGUUUCGGCUACUAAGGAGGCUUGGGAUGAUCACGGUAGAUACCUGCUAGAUAAGAAAGCCAAUGAAAGAAGUGUUUGGGUUCUAAAGAAGGGUAUCAAAACGCGAACUCAGGCCCAAGAUAUACAAGUGGGAGAUAUUCUCUGGUUGCGAGAUCAAGAUGAAGUUCCCUGUGAUAUGGUGUUACUGGGAACGUCCGAGCCAGGAGGUAUCUGUUAUGUUGAGACCGCUGCAAUGGAUGGAGAGACUGACCUAAAAACUAGAGUUGUUCCUCCGCCCUGCAUUGGUCUUACCAGUGAUCUUCUACACAAAAUUAAGGGUGUAAUAGAAUGUCCACAACCUGACAAAGACAUUCGCAGAUUCGAUGCCAACCUGAGAUUGUUUCCCCCCUUCAUCGACAAUGAUUUUUGUUCUCUUACCAUUAACAACACUUUACUCCAAUCAUGUUAUUUACGCAACACAGAAUGGGCUUGCGGCGUUGCAGUUUAUACUGGAAACGAAACGAAACUGGGUCUAAGCAAGGGUUUGCCAGAACCGAAGCUGACAGCAGUGGAUCACAUGAUUGAUACGCUUACUGGAGCUAUUUUUGUGUUCCAGAUAGUGGUGGUCGUAAUACUCGGUGUUGCCGGCAAUAUGUGGAGGUUGUCAGAAGGUCAAAAGAUUUGGUAUGUCAAGUAUAACUUGACCUCUUCUCCUUGGUACGAAUUUUUGGUGAUUCCCUUGCGGUUCGAACUUCUCUGCUCCAUCAUGAUCCCAAUAUCUAUCAAGGUGUCGUUGGACCUUGUCAAAAGUGUAUAUUCAAAAUUCAUAGACUGGGAUCUGCAAAUGUAUGACGAGAGCACAGACACCCCGGCUGUAGCAACGAAUACAGCUAUAAGUGAGGAUCUGGGGCAAGUGGAGUACAUCCUUACAGAUAAGACAGGAACUCUUACUGAGAAUAUAAUGGUUUUCAAACGAUGCUGCAUCAAUCGCGUCUGUUAUGGUGACGCUACUGGUGAUGCGUUGACGGAUACCCAGCUUACACGCGCCCUGCAAGAGCAUGUUCCUGAAGUUGUGAAGUUCGUCAAAGUGAUGGCAAUGUGCAACACUGUGGUGCCUGCUAGGAGCGGCAAUGGUGCACUUUCGUAUAAAGCCCAGUCUCAAGAUGAGGAAGCUUUAGUGCAGGCCGCCUCACGUCUUCACAUGAAGCUUAUCAGUAGAACUGGAUCUCGCCUCGAAUUGGACUUUCUAGGCGACACUCUACAUUACGAGAUUCUUGAUGUGCUGGAAUUUACAUCAGAUCGCAAAAGAAUGUCGGUGAUUGUCCGGGAACUGAAAAGCAGGAAAAUUAAAAUGUUGACAAAAGGAGCUGAUGAAACUAUACUUUCGAUUGUCAACCCGGAACAGCAAUGUAGAGUGAUAAGCGAAGCUGUGGAGCAUUACUCGCAAGUGGGACUCAGAACCAUGUGUGUAGCCUGGCGGGACCUCGACGAUGAGGAAUAUAGCAGGUGGUCAGUGAAGUUCAAGGAAGCGAACAGUUCUGUAACGGAUCGUGAGUGGAAAGUUGCAGAAGUCUGCCAGCUUAUAGAGACCAACCUCGAGCUGCUUGGUGCUACAGCUAUUGAAGAUAAAUUACAGGAGGGAGUUCCGGAAACUAUUCGGACUCUAAGAAAAGCAGGAAUCAACUUUUGGAUGCUGACUGGAGACAAGCAGAGCACUGCUAUUCAAAUUGCUCUAUCCUGCAAUUUUGUUCUACCUGAACCUGAAGGACAAUUGUUACACGUGCAAGGAAGGACACAACAGGAGGUGCAAACAAGCCUCGAGAGAGUUCUACGCACUUUGCGUAUUUCCAGUACGGAGCCCAAGGUCAAUGUCCAGCAAGAUGAAAUUGAAAUGGCUACUUGUGAUGUCUUAAAACAUGACAUUGCUUUUGUGAUUGAUGGAUGGGCCUUGGAACUCGCAUUGCACUACAACAAACAAGCAUUUGAAGAACUUGCUAUGCUAUCGAAAACAGCCAUAUGCUGUCGUGUUACUCCAUCUCAAAAGGCGCAGCUGGUCCAAUUGGUGAAGAAUUGCGACUAUCGUACACUUGCGAUAGGAGAUGGUGGCAAUGAUGUGAAGAUGAUACAGGAGGCUCAUGUGGGCGUAGGAAUCAGUGGUCGUGAGGGAUUACAAGCGGCACGAGCAGCUGACUUCAGUCUCGGCAAAUUUAGAUUUUUGGAACGUUUGAUACUCAUACACGGAAGAUAUUCAUACAACCGGACCGCCUUCCUCUCCCAGUACUCCGUCUACAAAUCCUUGUUGAUUUGCUUCAUUCAGAUAUUCUUUUCGUUUGUUUCAGGUGUAUCUGGAACAAGCUUAUUCAAUUCAUUCAGUUUGAUGGCCUACAACGUGGUGUACACUAGCAUUCCCGUGAUGACUGUUGUCCAAGAUAAAGAUCUGAAGGAAGAAACUGUCCUUCAGAACCCAGAGAUCCUCUAUAUCUGUCAAGCCGGAAGGUUGAUAAAUCCAAGCACAUUUGCUGGGUGGUUCGGGCGAUCUCUCUACCAUGCGGCCGUCGUGUUUUUGAUCACGAUACAUGUGUAUGCAAACGAGAAGAGUGAGAUGGAAGAGAUGGCAAUGGUGGCAUUCUCGGGGUGUAUAUGGCUGCAGGCAUUUGUCGUUCCUCUGGAAAUGAACGCGUUCACAAGUGUUCAAAUUUUAGGGAUUGUUGGGAACCUUGUACUGUUCUAUGUUGUCAACUUUGCUGUGAGUAUGUUAAAGUGGGGUGGCAUGUACACUAUCAUGGAUCGAAUCUGCAGGCAACCAGCCUAUUGGCUGGCCGUUACGCUAAUUGUCGUGAUGGGCAUGGGCCCUGUCUUCGCUCUCAAGUACUUCCGAUUCGUCUACCGGCCCAAUGCAAUCAAUGUUCUUCAACACUACGAACAUAUGACCGCAUCAGCCAAUGCUAAUCCCGCGUCUGUGGAAUCUCCCCUGAGAAGCUUUGAGAAGGGUUCAAUGCCCCUUUCCUUGAAUUCUCCUUCGAAAGCUGAAUUGGGAUCUGUCUACGAACCUCUUCUAUGUGACUCACCGUCUUCCAGCCUGAAACGAGGAGAUGCAUGUGGAUGAAACUUCAAUUUUGUGAAAGGUUCUGGACAGGGAAAGUAAACAGAUCAUUUCAAUGGAGUCUGUAGCACGGAUGCACAGGGGAGAAUCUUUUUCUUUGUAUGAUAGUGCCUGUAUGUAGCGAGGACUUUUUUGUUGUGACCCAAAACAUGUACGGAACUGCACUGCUAUGUAUAAAAAAAUUGCUGUCCGGAUGUUCAUGGACAGGAAUGUGCAUGUUCAGAUCCAGAGGAGCCGUCAGUCGAGCUUCUCUCAUUACUGAGCCCUCCAUUCGUUAGUUUCUUCUUUAUUUUGAGUGUCAACAUUACAGUGAGAUCCGUAUACACGAUUUAGGUUCAAGUCUCUCUUCGACUUACAAGUUUUGAACAGUUUCCUGUUUCUCUUCUUUGGAAAGGAAAGAAGCUACAGAGCAAAGGUAUCUUUUACGAAUCA